AUGGCGGGGCGCCCCAGCAAGGUGCUGGUGGGCGGGGCCCGCGGGGUGAUGUUCCUCACCUCAGCCCCCUCCUGCAGGGGAGAGGCCCGCAGCCCGCAGCGCUCCGCUCCUCUGGCCAUCGUGCUGUCACGGCUCAUCUGCUUCCUGAUGUACUUCGGUGUCGCAGCAGCCCUCACGCUCAUGGUGCCCUACUACCAGGUCCAGCGGGGCCCGCUGCCCGGGGCCCUCGUGCACGUGGGAUGGGGACCUGCCCGCUACGUUGUGGCGCUAGGCACCCUGUGUGCUCUCUCCUCCAGCCUGCUGGGUGCAAUGUUCCCUAUGCCUCGGGUCAUCUAUGCCAUGGCGGAGGACGGGCUCCUCUUCCGAAGCCUGGCCCGAGUCCAUGCCGGCAGGCGCACCCCUAUCCUGGCCACUGUGGUGUCUGGGGUCAUCACAGCCUGCAUGGCUUUCCUGUUUGAGCUCAGUGAUCUUGUGGACCUCUCGUCCAUCGGGACCCUGCUGUCCUACUCUCUGGUGGCCUUUUCCGUCCUGGUCCUCAGGUACCAGCCAGAUCGGAAUGCAGGCUCUGGAGAAAAGCAGAAGCCAGGGCAGGAAGCCCAGGAGCCCGAGCCCCCUAGGGAGGCUGUGUCCCUGGAGCUUGAGCCUGAGGCAGGGAGCUCCAGGCCUUGCGGGGGCCUCUGCGUGCUGGGGGCCACCAGCCCUACCUCAGGGUCUGGCCGGCUGGUAUACGGGGGCGCUGCCCUGCUUGAAUACCAUUCAGUGGUCCGCUAUGCCAGUCGGUGUCCUCUGACUGGGAGCUGA